AUUCUACUUGGGUGUAUAUUAUAUAUACCAAACUUUCAAAAUUAACCAUAUUAUCAGUUUAAAUUUCCCUCCAAAAAUCUCACACACUUGUCUUCCCCAAUGGAUAUAUUGCUUCAUCCCUCUUUAACUUGGGCUUUCUCCAUUAGAAAGAGAAGAUGAAUCUUGACAUUUCUAGAAAUGAGAAAUGCAGCUCAAUACGCUAUUAAUUUCACCCGAAACAAUUUUCCGCAACAAAUAGAUUUCCGAGAACUAGCCAAUCGCUACGCUGCCCAGCUCCAACUAUGCUGCCCGCCCAGCCCGACCUCUCACUCCCGUGCCCGGGCCAUCCAUGCCCAUAUGACAACUUCCGGGUUCAAUCCACGUGGCCAUCUUAUCGAUCGCCUGAUUGAUAUCUACUGUAAAUCCAAGAAUCUUGUCUAUGCACACCGCCUGUUCGACAAAAUGCCUGAACCAGAUAUCGUAGCUCGGACCACUAUGGUAUCUGCAUACUGCAAUUUAAGGGAUAUGAAGGAAGCAAGAAGGAUUUUUGAUGAAAUCCCACUUCGUAUUCGUGAUGUUGUGUCUUAUAAUGCUAUGAUCACGGGGUACAAUCAUAAUGAUGACGGUGUUUCUGCUGUUUUGUUGUUUGGAAAGAUGAUGAGGGAUGGUUGUAGACCUGAUCAUUUUACUUUUAGUAGUGUUCUUAGUUCUUUGAGUUUGAUAGCGGAUGAUGCGAGGCAGUGUUAUCAGAUGCAUUGUGCUGUGGUGAAGUCUGGAACGUGGUGCUCUACAUCGGUUUUGAAUGCACUUAUAUCGCUUUAUGUCAAGUGUGCAUCUUCUCCCUUUGUUGUGGCUUCUUCUUUGUUGGGUGUAGCUAGGGAGAUCUUUGAUGAGAUGGGGGACAAGGAUGAGCUGACAUGGACGACAAUGAUUACAGGGUAUACAAGGAAUGAUGACCUUGAGUCAGCUAGGAAAGUUUUUGAUUCAACGAGUGAGAAGGUUGUGGCAGUGUGGAAUGCCAUGAUAUCAGGAUAUGUGCACCAUGGAUUGUAUUCAGAGGCAUUGGGGUUAUUUCGGAGAAUGAAUGUAGAAGGCAUUCAACAUGAUGAAUAUACAUAUACGAAUGUUCUUGGUGCUUGUGCUGAUUCUGGUAUGUUUUGGCAUGGGAGGGAGUUACAUGCUCGUAUUUUGCGGAAAGACGCAAAAGUAAAACACAGAGCUGAAGUCCGAUCUUCUAUAAGCAAUGCACUGGUCACGUUGUAUUCUAAAUGUGGAAGAAUUCAUGAAGCUCGGCAUAUUUUUGAUGAGAUGCCUAUAAGAGAUAUAGUUUCCUGGAAUGCAGUUUUAUCAGGCUAUACAACUGCUGGACUAAUUUUGGAAGCUAAAGAUUUCUUCAACAAAAUGCCGGAGAAGAACCAUUUGAGUUGGGCUGUAAUGAUAGCAGCAAAUGCACAAAGUGGAUUUGGGGAAGAAAGCAUCAAGUUACUUAAUAAGAUGAGAAUUGAAUUAUUUCAGCCAUGCGAUUAUACCUUUGCUGGGGCAUUGAAUGCCUGUUCAAAUCUUGGAGCACUUGAUCAGGGAAAGCAGCUUCAUUGUCAGGUUAUUCGCCUUGGAUAUGAGUCAAGCCUUUCAGUGGGAAAUGCUCUGAUAACAAUGUAUGGAAGAUGUGGGGUAGUUGAGGAUGCUGACUUAAUGUUCGCCACCAUGUCUUCUGUAGAUGCUGUGUCUUGGAAUGCCAUGAUUGCAGCUGUUGGGCAACAUGGGGAUGGUGCUCAAGCAUUAAUACUUUUUGAGCAGAUGCUUAAAGCUGGUAUACUACCUGACCGGAUAACAUAUCUAACUAUUCUCACUGCAUGUAGCCACUCUGGGUUGGUCCAUGAAGGGCGGCAUUAUUUUGAGUCCAUGCAUCAAUACCAAAUUUCUCCUGGAGAAGAUCAUUAUGCCAGGAUGAUUGACUUGUUUUGUCGAGCAGGCAAGUUCAAGGAAGCUGAAGAACUGAUGAAUAAAAUGCCUUUUGAACCAAAAGCACCUAUCUGGGAAGCUCUGCUAGGUGGAUGUCGGAUUCAUGGGAACUUAAGCCUUGGUAUUAAAGCUGCAGAAAAACUUUUGGAAUUAAUUCCCCAACAUGAUGCUACCUACAUACUGCUAUCAAACAUGUAUGCUGCAGCAGGGCAGUGGGUUGAUGUGGCGACAGUGAGGAAAUUGAUGAGAGAGAGAGGGGUGAAAAAAGAGCCUGCUUGUAGUUGGAUAGAUGUCGAAAGUAAAGUUCAUGUAUUCUUGGUGGAUGAUACUUCGCACCCAGAGGUACAAGAAGUGUAUGACUAUCUGGAGCAAUUAGGACCUAAAUUGAGGGAACUGGGAUAUGUUCCUGACACUAAGUAUGUAUUGCAUGAUAUGGAGGCAGAACAGAAGGAGUACAGUCUGUCUACUCACAGUGAGAAACUUGCGGUUGCUUAUGGGCUCUUGAAGCUUCCUGUCGGAGCUACAGUUAGGGUGUUUAAGAAUCUCAGGAUAUGCGGCGACUGCCACAAUGCAAUUAAGUACAUUUCCAAAGUAGUACAAAGAGUAAUUAUCGUGAGAGAUGUCAAGAGAUUUCAUCAUUUUAGAAAUGGUGAAUGCUCUUGUGGUGAUUACUGGUGAAAUACUUCUAGUUGUUAUGAGAUCUAGUUGUAGCUUUUGUGAAGAAUGUGAUUGAAUGGAGUUCACUAAAGUGGGUUUCCUUGGGACAAAUGUUGAUAUCCUUCUGAAUAUACUCAGUGUAAGCAGGAAUAUCCUAUGGCGGAAAUGGGCUACGAUUCUCAGUGAUGGCUUUCUUUUUUCUUACUUGGACAACUAGGUAUAUAGAAUGCACCUCAGCAGAACACUGAUCUGAAGAUUGGUGUAGAAGAAGCACCUAGAGACUAAGGGGGCUAUAAACUUCAUUGCAAUUCUGGAUGAUUCCAACUUGAUUAUGAAGUUCUGCUUCUGCCCACCUUCAUAACAUAGUCUUGCACCACUCAUUAAUGGCGGCAAGUUCGUAACUAGGUGAGGAUAUGCAACCAGCGCCCUGAUCAGUUUGCUGUUAAUGUUAUUUGAUUGUUUUUUAUGUAUAACUUCCAUCGCCACAGUGCUAUACCAAAAAAGCAGGUUAUUAUAUUUUAUUGUUAUACAAGAGGAACUGAAUUUGAUUUACGAACUUUCAGGCUCUUGGAUAAAAUCCUCGAUCAAUUUCUUGGCACCAUGAAAUAAACUCUUUUCUCCAUUAUAAUUUUUUUUUGGAGGUGAAUCUGUUUAUUUCACUGUGAUUUUGUCCACUUAUCCUUAGCAAUUGCUUAUGCGAACGUUUUUACUUUUUAGCUUACAGAGAGUUUAUUGGUUUCUAGUUGAGGUUUUUGUGCAUCUCCUUUUGGAUAAUAGAUAUCAUUUUGAACAGCUUUUCUGCUAAGUGCUUGACAAAUCUCAAGGGACUUUAGGAGCUAUAUUUGUUUGUGAUCAUUCAGAAUAACACAGUUGGUAACAAUUUGGAUUUUGGAGUGCCUAGUACAUUCAAAAAAUGACUUCCGUAUUCUCUUGUUUAAUCUCUCUGUAGCACAAGUUUCGAUUUUAAAUUGAAAAUUUUGCUGACUGCUGGCAAGUGGCAACUAUUCGGAGUCCAACACAUACAGCUAUCCGUUUUCCUUAGUUUGAUUUUGUGUUAGUAUAAAUAAUGUUUUUUAUUAAUCUGGUAAAGAAUUUCAUCAACAUCAAUGGUAUUUGAAUGUCUCUGAGGAGGUUCUUGUUCAAGACACAGUAAGUAGUGUGCUGGUUUACCGUGUGACAACAGAGGAUGUCGAAACCUUAGAGUUUCCUCUUAGUCAAGAGUAGCCAGAGAGGAUUUUCAUGGAUCAUGACAAGAUCGGUGAUACCUUGACAGGGAUGAAGCAAAGACAGUAUUCUUAUGCUCUCAGGUGUGCAGGAUAUCGAUUUGGAUGAAAUGGCCAAUGUGUUUGAUGGAUGCUGGCAACUUCAUUACUUAAAAUAUCUUGACGUAGAUAUUUACAUGCAGUGGCAAGAUAUUCACUUCCAUAUACGGCGACAUCUACUAAUACUCUAAUAUGGUGUUCUUUACUCCUUCGUGCUGUACUUCACAAUUCUAUGACUCUACAGACGGCAGGUUAUCUUUCUCCGUGGCCAUGAAAGAGGAAUUGAAAGUUUUGAGUUGAGGUCUGAGACACAUACAGUUAUAUAAAUCUAAUAGCAAUUUCUUUGGACCAUGGGACGAGUCUCCAUUAUACUUCUCUCAAGAGUUUUGGUUUGUGCUGGAAAAUCAUGUCAGAAGAAAUAUGAGAUCACAUCGGAGGAGAUUGUCUCCAUAUCCUAAUUGAUUAAAAGGUGGAUAUCUUAUCAGCCCUUUGGCAUCACAUUCUCUUCGUAGUAGCUCUUGCAAACAAAGAAGACAAGACUGCGUGCAUUUCUACGCCACCACGUUUAGAAGAAAAAUGGCAGGCCAAUGGGGAAAGAUGCGGAAAGCUUUUAGAUGGUUGGCGAAAUCAAAGAAGAAUCCUCUAAGUGAAGAGCAGUUGAGGAUGAUUUUCAUGGCUCAUGACAAGGAUGGUGAUGGCCGUCUUGAUAAGGAAGACUUGAAGGAAGCUUUUCGUGCACUCGGAGCUCGUGUUCCUGCUUACAGGGCAGAUCGUGCAAUUCAUUACUCAGAUCUAGAUUUGGAUGGAGCUAUCAAUGAGGAUGAGAUUGAUCACCUUGUUUCUUAUGCUCUCCAUUAUGGUUAUACUUUCAAUUAGUUUUUACCUUGAAUAUCACUAAGUAAGCAUAAGUUUUCCUUUUUAUAACCGUGAUCAGAGUUUGUAUUGUGGUAAGGCGUAAGCUGCAUUCUGCAGCGUAAGAUAUCAAAGUAUAAGUGGUUAUAUAUUUAGGUUCUUGUCUCGGAAUGUAUUUGCUGCCAUGCAUUAAGAUAUCUAUAUCUACAAUGUCAAGGGUGACAUUAUUUGACUAAAAUCCUUCAUCUUAUUAUUAUUUUUUAA